AUGGCCGGGCUGCUGCAGCAGCUGGUCAGAUCAGGGACCUCUCUGGCCUGGGCUGCUGCCCCAGCAGCAUGCAGCAGCGGAGUUGCCAGGGCGCUGAGCCGUGGCUUUGCCACAGACGGUGAGGCUUUCACACGCAAGGACGUAGCCUACAACCUGUACAACGAGUCGGACCCAGAGGCCGAAGCGGCGAUCAAGGCGUUCCAGCGGCAGGCUUAUGCUGCUGCCGCCAAGGGCGCCGCGGCGCUGGCGCCAGCGGCCGAGGCGGAGCUCGCAUUCACCGCCAAGGUGGAGCGUAAGUACGUAGCGGCGCAAAUCGUGGAGAGCGGCAUCCAGAGCAUCAACGUGCCCCUGUCGUACGAGACGGACGGCAGCGGCACGACCGCCCUGAAGCGGUACGCGGCGCAGCUUGCUGACGUGGCGCGCCAGGCCGGCUUUGGGGAGCCCGCUGCGGAGCUGCAGGCGAAGCUGCAGGAGGCAGCUGCAGUUGACGGCGGUCGGGUGAAUGAGGCCCGCUUUGGUUGGGAGUAG